AUGGCAUCCAAAACAAAUGAAGGUGUUGUUUCUUCAGUUGUUCUUACUCCAAUUUUUGGUGGAACUGAUUUUGAAUACUGGAAGAUAAGAAUGAGAACACAUUUGAAAACUGAAGGUUUGUGGACUAUUGUUGCAAAUGGCUUGGAAGAGCCAGACAACGAUGGUGAUCUUACAGCAGUAGAGAUGAAAAAUAUUGAGGCUAGCAAUGAAUGGUAUGUUGAUAAUGGUUGUAAUAAUCACAUGACUGGAGAUGAAAAGGCUUUCCUCUCAAUUAAUAAUAGCAUCACUACUAAAGUUAAGAUGGGGAAUGGAGCCUUAGUUGAUGCAAAAGGUAAAGGUACUAUUUCGAUUAACAUGAAAGGAAGCGGCAAGUGUCCAACAAAGGCAUUAAAGGACAAGACACCAGUUGAAGCUUUGAGUGGAAUUAAACCUUCUGUAGCAGCAAAUGAGAAGUUUAGAAAAUAUGAUGGAGAAAAGAAAGUUAAUAGCUCACUUUAUAAGAGUUUAAUUGGAAGUUUGCUAUAUGCUAAUUCAAGAAGGCCAUAUAUUAUGUUUUCUGCUAGUUUAUUAUCCAGAUUCAUGCAAGAAUCAAGCCAAGUGCAUUUUGGAGCUGCAAAGCGUGUUUUACACUACUUGCAAGGAAAAAUGGAUUAUGGGAUAAUGUACAAAUUUGGUGGAUAUUUGAACUUAAUUGGUUAUUUUGAUAGUGAUUGGGCUGGAAGUAUAGAUGACAUGAGUACUUUUGGUUAUACUUUCUUAUUUGGAUCAAGUAUUUGUUCUUGGUUAUCAAAAAAGGAAAGUGUUGUUGCUCAAUCCACUGCCGAAUUAGAAUAUGUUCCAACAUCCAAGGCUACUUCUCAAGCUAUUUGGCUUAGGAGAAUAUUUGAAGACAUUGGUGAAAAAACAAAAAAAAAGGACUGUUAUGUAUUUGUGAUAACAAAUCAGCAAUUGCAAUUACCAAGAAUCCAGUCAGCCAUGAAAGAUCAAAGCAUGUUUUCGUCAAGUAUCUUUUUAUCCAAGAAGUACAAGAGAAAGGCGAAAUGCAGUUGCAUUAUUGUCAGACAGGAGUGUUGA